AUGGAAACACCUGGCUCAGAAUUUUCUUGGAGGAAGUUGUCCCCAGAUCCUCCAGCUACGCCCGGAGCGGUCGUCUAUAGCAGACCCCUCACAGGCAUGGAGAGGAUGUACGCUCUCAUCGAACGCUCCAUGCCAGGUCAUAACCAGCCAUUUCUCGGGGCACAUAUCUCUAUCUCUUCCCCCACCUCAUCUUCGUCCGAGUCUGCACCAGGGAUAACACUUUCUACUCUCCAAGCCUUCGCUCUCAAUUCCUGGAUCAAGACGCGCUACCAAUAUCCUAUGGUGGCCUGUAAACUCCAGCUCGAAGAUCGCGGCCCCGGCUCACAGAUGAUGUACUACCAAGUCGAGGACGAGGCAUCUGUGGGUAGGUGGGCGGACAGGACAUUCAAGGUCAUCGUAGCUGAAGGAGGAUGGACGGUCCUCCGCGAGAAACUAUCUGUCGAAUUCGAUCUUCCCUCUGAAAGGGAUGGGGAUUGUUGUUUCUUCUAUAUCAUCGUCGAUCCUGCGCAGCUCGCAUCUAACUCCGAUCCGGUGCAGUCUUUCGACAUUCUGCUUCAUAUCCACCACGCUCUCGCGGAUGGACCCGGUCUGAAGACCGUUCUUCACUCUAUCAUCUCCUCUUUCUCUGUCUCCUCGUCGUUUGGAGCUUCCGAGGAGUUCCUAUGGGGCGAGGAGGCUAAAUGCGGAUUGAUGCCAGCCCAGGUCGACAUCGCCACCGAUGAGGAGCUAGCAGGCGUCCAGGAGGACGUAGAUGAUAAGGCCGUCAUGGAUAUGAUGGCCGGAGUCGUGCUCCCAGACAGAGGUCUCCCCCUCUACCGUCCCUCAAUCCUCACCACCUCCCGCUCAACCCGCGGCUCCGCCGUCAUCUCACACACAUUCCCCUCCCCUUCCUUCCUCCCCUCUCUGCUCUCACUCUCCCGCAGCCACGGAAUGACCAUCACCCACCUCAUCACUGCCGCACUCGCCAUCGUCGUCCACUCCACCAACAUUGCCGCCUCAGCGUCCGAAUUCGUCGAUGGUCCGAGAUCAAGCCCUACGGAGAAAUAUGUCUACGCGUCGGCGGUCGAUCCGAGGAACGGGCGUAUCAGGCCUCCAUAUUGCGAUCCGAAUGUCUACGUGUUCAAUACGACGGGUGUGCACAUCUUUGACAUACCGGUGUCGUUGUUCGACAAAGGUCACAAUCAGAACGAGAGUGUGAGGAGCGAAGAGGUCGUGUUUUGGAGGAUUGCGAGGAGAAUCAAGGAGUCGUAUGAUGAUCUGAAGACGAAGAAAGGCCUGAUCGGGAACGGACAAUUGUGGUUGAGCAAGUUUGUCGAAAUGGCGAAAACGCAGGGUACUGCAAGCAUCGAAGAAGCAAACACUCCACCUCCCAAACCACAAACAUGCCCCUACUUCGUGUCCGACCCACCCGGUUCACUCCAACUCCAGCCGUCCUACCCUCUCGCCCUCCCCAAAUCUUCAACCUCAACCUCGACCCCUCUCACUCAAACCCUCAUCCUCGAAUCCUUCCAACUCUGCCCAAGCGACAACUGGGCCAAAGUCGGCGCCCGCUCUCACUCCUGGAACGGCCUCCUCACGCUUGCUCUCAACUUCAACUACGUACGCAAUCCGAGGGAGGAGAUGCACCGGUUAUUGGAGGAGUGGACGGCGGUGCUUGAGAGGAUUGUUGUGGGGGCCGAGAAGUCAUGA